CACCUAACCAAAAUUUAAAAUCCUCUUCACACGCCCUGCUCUCAUCAUCCCAAACCUUUCUCCCACAUACACACACAAACCCAAAAUCUCUCUCUCUCCCUCUCUGUCUCUCUCUCUCUCUCUCUCUUUCUCUUUCUGUGUGUGUGAUUUGUGUAGAACGCCAAAGAUGGUGUGCAAGGCUCUCAAAAAGACCCCAACAAAGUCAAUUAGAGAUCGCCGGGGAAGCCACCGCCGCCACCGCAAGAAAUCUCCGGGCAAGAUUGAGGCAGCUGCUGCCUCAUCUACCAUCCUUUCAUCGAUCAACAAAACCAUCUACUCAUGCAAGCGCCGGCUCGCCAAGAUCUUCUCCAAAUUGGCCCGCAUUAGCACCCCAAAUAGCCGCUACAAAGGCUAUAAAAUCUUGAAGAAAGGAUUCCAGAGAGAAAAACUCCAACAGGAACAUGACCUUGAAAGAGAUAACAUUUGCCGAGCGCUUUUCUUUAACGAACGAUUGCCGCCCUUGAUUUCUCCGACCAAAAGGACUGUCUUUCUUGAUCUUGACGAGACCUUGGUGCAUUCCAAAGCAGAUCCACCACCGCAAGUGUUUGAUUUCAUAGUGAGGCCAAAUAUUGAUGGAGAAUUCAUGAAUUUUUAUGUGUUGAAGCGGCCGGGAGUUGAUGCUUUCUUGGAAGCACUGGCUGCAAAGUACGAGUUGGUUGUGUUCACUGCCGGAUUAAAGGAAUACGCAUCGUUGGUUCUCGACAAGCUAGACGUGAAGGGGUUAAUUUCACACAGGCUAUAUCGAGAUUCAUGCAAGGAAGUUGAUGGGAAGUAUGUUAAGGACUUGUCUGAGAUGGGGAGGGACUUGAAUAGGGUAGUGAUUGUCGAUGAUAAUCCUAACUGCUACAUUUUCCAGCCGGAAAAUGCAGUUCCGAUUAAGCCGUUCAUUGAAGAUCUUGGCGAUGGGGAGUUGGGGAAAUUGGUUAAGUUUUUUGAAGGGUGUGAUUGUUUUGAGGAUAUGAGAGAUGCUGUGAAGCAAUAUGUUUGGGAAAGGGAUGAUACAAAGAUAAUGAACUAGUGCAGUUUGUUUUUCUUUUGUGUUUGUUAGGUUUCUUGUCCACAAAAUGACUGAGUUGAACAAAAAAUUGUUCAAUCCCAAAUGAAAGAAGAAACUCUGAUGAGAAAUAACAUCAUUUUAUUUAUUUUUAAUUCAAUUCUUGAUUUUGUAUUACAUGUUGGGUUUGGUAUAAUAAUAAGAUUUUGCAGC